AUGGUACUACUUAAAGAACCUGUUCCGUUGCUGCCCCAAUCAUCUCUGUUAUAUAAUAAUGCGAGCAAUGUUAGUAGUCGUAUAAAAGAGACGAAAAAAGUCAAACUAUCUUAUAACCCCUUAACGAAGAGGCAAAUCCUUAACAAUUUUGAAAUUCUAGGCACCUUGGGUAAUGGACAGUAUGGCAAAGUGAAAUUGGGAAGAGAUCUUGACACGGGUAGGUUGGUUGCAAUUAAAAUUCUUAAUAGAUUCGAAAAGAGGAGCGGCUAUUCUCUGCAGGUUAAGAUGGAGAAUCCAAGAAUUGAUCAAGAAGUUGAAGUCAUGAAAAGAUGUCACCACGAAAAUGUUGUGGAAUUAUACGAAAUUUUGAAUGAUCCCGAGAGCGCAAAGGUUUACCUUGUAUUGGAAUACUGCUCGAGAGGUCCCGUUAAGUGGUGUCCAGAAAAUCAACUGGAGAUAAAGGCAGUGGGGCCGCCAAUAUUGUCUUUUCAGCAAGCAAGGAAUAUAGUAUCAGAUGUCGUAUCAGGAUUGGAGUACUUACAUUCCCAGGGAAUAAUACAUCGAGACAUCAAACCAUCGAACCUGUUAAUUUCAUCAAAUGGAACGGUAAAGAUAUCCGAUUUUGGCGUUUCUAUUUUGACUGCAGCCGAAAGUACUAAUAUUCAAUCAUCGCAUGAACCAAUUCUAAAAUCUAAAACAUUUGGGACGCCAGCAUUUUUCGCACCUGAACUUUGCUCCACUGAAACGUAUUGUUGUCGCUCCUCUGCCAUUGACAUAUGGUCUCUGGGUGUUACUCUGUAUUGCUUAUUGUUUGGAACGCUACCUUUCAAUGCUAAUUCAGGAUUAGAAUUAUUUGAUAACAUUAUUAACAAACCUUUGGACUUUCCAUCGUAUGAGGAAAUAUUAAAACAUGAUUCCUCGAACGUUACAAUCGAAGAAUAUCGAGAUGCCAAAGAUCUCUUGUACAAGCUAUUGGAGAAAAAUCCUAGUAGACGAAUAUCAUUGGCAGAAACCAAGACACAUCCAUUUAUGUGCCGUUAUGACAAUAAUGCUGCGCCAGUUGUAACACCUUUGUUGGCCGAUCCAGAGACAUUUCGGGAGUUGAAGAUUUCACCGCCCUCUUCGUGCAAAAAAGUGGAAUUGCUCAAUCUACCAGUGAAUUCAUCGUUUGCCUCCCUAGACAGUCUUUAUAUGGAAGACUUUGACCACAAUAAUUUUAGGACUGCUGCCGACAGAAACUUAAGACACUCUCCAUCAGCAAACAAUGUAAAUAUUUUAUCACCGCCAGCAUAUCACAACAUUGAAUCUAGAGAGUCAUCCUAUUCGUCCUUUUCUUCUUACACGUCAUCUACUGCUUUCACAUCCCAGAUCAGUAUUCAUGAUGCCUCUCUUGUCGGUGAUCAACAUUACUCGGCUGAUGAGAAUGGGAAUUCAUCAAGAGUGAAUUCCCGUGGUCUCUCUCAAUGUAAAAUCCUCUCAACUUUCGAAGAACAUUCCUUUGAGAGUACGCAAGUGGAUUUGAGUCCCGCUCUUUCUCCUGUUAGUAAUCCCCCACCUCAAAUGAAAACUCGCCUGGUAGAAGGGACAUCCAGCGGCAAGGACGAGCUCAACAUGGAUACAGAUGCGUCACUUGUAUUGAAAGCCAGUGAUACGCAGCGGACGAGGAGGCGGAUGUCGCUUUACAAGCUUUAG